AGAAGAAGAAUGAGUGAUUUGAUAUUUUGGGACCAGCUUCGGGCGGGCAGCUCUGAAGUGGACUGGUGUGAGGGCAACUAUCUGAUAAACUCGAGCAUCGCGGAAUUUUACAACACGAUAAGCAACGUCUUGUUUUUUAUUUUGCCCCCUCUUUCGAUGUGCCUGUUUCGUCAAUACGCCGCCCAUUACAACAGGGGGAUCUACCUCAUCUGGGCUCUCUUGGUUGUUGUCGGCAUCGGCUCAGCGUAUUUCCACGCCACUCUCAGCUUCCUGGGCCAGAUGCUGGAUGAACUGGCCAUCCUCUGGGUGCUGAUGUGUGCCAUUGGGAUGUGGUUCCCCAAGAGACACCUCCCCAGAAUAUUCCGGAAGGACAGGUGGCGUUUUAAGCUGGCAGUGGUGAUGCUGUCUGGUGUAACCACGGCUUUGGCAUUCGUGAAGCCGGCGGUCAACUCCGUCUCCCUGAUGACCCUGGGAAUCCCCUGUUCCCUGCUGCUCAUCUCCGAACUCCGCAGGUGUGAGAACAUGCGCGUGUUAAAGCUUGGCAUAAUAUCAGGACUGUGGUGGACCCUGGCCCUGCUCUGUUGGGUCAGCGAUUGGAUGUUCUGUGAGAUCUGGUCAUCAGUCAACUUCCCCUAUUUACACUGUUUAUGGCAUAUUCUCAUCUGUUUGGCCUCAUACCUUGGCUGUGUUUGCUUUGCUUAUUUCGAUGCCAUUUCGGAGGUACCAGAGAGAGGUCCAGUCGUCCUGUUCUGGCCCAGUGAGAAGUGGGCUUUCAUUGGGGUGCCUUAUGUCACCCUGCUCUGCGCCCACAAGAAGCCAUCCAGCAAGCUGACAUAA